GCAUAGACCAGGCAGGCAGCGGGGAGGAAGGCGGAAGCUGAGGACGCCGAAGCCAGAAGCGAGCGACUCCGCCGCUUUAGACGCCGCCGGCCGCAGGUGCCACCAGCGGACACACUUCGACCAGAGGCUGCCGGCUCUCUAGCCGAGAGCGAAUGCGGUUAAUGCUGCUUUGCUGCACCUGGAAGGACGAACGAAUGGGAGAGGAGGAAGCUGGGGGGAGUUUGCCCAGGUGUGCAGGGUGCAAACAGAGGAUCUACGAUGAUCAGUACCUUCAAGCUCUCAACACUGACUGGCACACCUUCUGCUUCAGGUGCUGUGAGUGCAGCAGCUCGCUGGCACACUGCUACUAUGAGAAGGAUGGACUGCUCUUCUGCAAAAAGGACUACUGGGCCAAGUUCGGGGAGCUCUGCCACGGCUGCAGUGACCUUAUCACCACUGGCCUCAUUAUGGUCGCCGGGGAACAGAAGUACCAUCCAGAAUGCUUCACCUGUCUGAACUGCAGGACGUUCAUCGGUGAUGGCGACACCUACGCUCUGGUGGAGAGAUCCAAACUCUACUGUGGUCACUGCUACUACCAGACCGUGGUCACGCCCGUGUCUCUGCCUGACUCGCCAUGCCCGCACAUCCCUCACACGGUCACGCUGGUGUCCAUCCCGGCCUCGGCAGAGGGGACCGGGCGCCGGGGGAGGGGCUUCUCCGUGGCUAUCGACCAGCCGCUCAGCCCCACGGACGAUUGCAGUCCGGAACACGGCCGCACCGUCCGGGUCUCCCAGGUGGAUGCUGACUGCAUCAGCCCAGAUGUGAAAAACUCUAUCCAUGUCGGGGACAGGAUCCUAGAAAUCAACGGGACGCCUAUUCACAACGUCCCCCUGGAUGAGAUCGACCUGAUGAUCCAGGAGACCAGUCGGAGGCUCCAGCUCACCAUAGAACACGACCCUCACAGUCGGGGGCAAGAGGGCGGCUCCUCUCCAGAGGCGGGAGAGCAGGUGGAUGGUCCACUGUGGACGCCGCUGUCUGGCAUCCCCAGCCCCGUCCUGCCCGUCACCCAACCCCCACUCCCUGACGUCGGCAACCUGAAAUCCCGCAUAGUCACGCGAAGCUACAGUAUAGACAAGUCGCCGGGCGCCAGCAAAGCGGCAUCCCCCGUCUCACCGAAGAAAGAUAUUAAUCGCUCUGAGUCUCUUCGAGUCGUCUCUAACCGGACGCAUCGCAUCUUCCGCCCGUCCGACCUGAUCCACGGAGAAGUGCUGGGGAAGGGAUGCUUCGGACAGGCCAUCAAGGUGACCCACAGGGAGACGGGCGAGGUGAUGGUGAUGAAGGAGCUGAUCCGCUUUGACGAUGAGACACAAAGAACAUUCCUGAAAGAGGUGAAGGUGAUGCGGUGCUUGGAGCACCCCAACGUGCUCAAGUUCAUCGGCGUCCUCUACAAAGACAAGCGCCUCAACUUCAUAGCCGAGUACAUCAAGGGAGGCACCUUGAGGGACAUCAUCAAGAAAAUGGAUAGCAACUACCCUUGGAACCAGCGAGUCAGUUUUGCCAAGGACAUAGCUGCGGGGAUGUCAUAUCUUCAUUCAAUGAACCUCAUCCACCGAGAUCUUAACUCCCACAACUGUCUCGUCCGGGAGAACAAUGCGGUGGUGGUGGCAGACUUUGGCCUGGCUCGCCUCAUGGUGGACGACAAACACGAGGAGAAGUUUUCGCAAGGUAAACUGUCAGGUUUGAAGAGGCCCGAUCGCAGGAAGAGGUACACCGUGGUGGGGAACCCCUACUGGAUGGCUCCUGAAAUGAUCCACGGAAAGAGUUAUGAUGAGAGGGUGGACAUCUUCUCAUUCGGUAUCAUGCUCUGUGAGAUCAUUGGCCGGGUCAAUGCGGAUCCAGACUAUCUUCCCAGAGCUGUGGACUUUGGGCUGAAUGUGUCGGGCUUCCUGGAGCAUUACUGUCCCCCCGAUUGCCCCCGCGCCUUCUUCCCCAUUGCUGCUGUGUGCUGCGACCUCGACGCUGACAAACGCCCGCCCUUUUCCAAACUGGAGGAGUGGCUGGAGAACCUGAAGAUGCACUUGGACAUCAGCCUCCCGCUGGUGUCGGAAGUGGAGCAGCUGCAAAAGAGCUUCUGGGAGAGCAACAGCGUCGCCCGCACUGAGAACGGCCUGCACGUCCACCCUGAGCAGCCAGAGUAAGGACGGGGAUUCCACAGGAUUCUGCCGGCGAAAGAAAGAAUAGUGGUGUAAUCAUCGCACGCGCACCUCCAAGACCACCCGGCCUAGCUCAGGACCAGCUAGUAGGCUCAGGGGGGGGACAAAGGUGUGUCGGGGGGAAAAAAAAAAAACCACUUUGACCACAACCGCUUGCUGCACCUGAUGCUUCAUAGAGCAUGUCGUAUGCAAUCACAUCCGUCUUUCCCGCCCUGGCAGUUUUGCUGGCAUAAAUGAGGUUGUUUGCAAGUGUCACAUGACGCAGAUAGUUAGCCAUCUUUACAGCUUACUAGCGAGCGAGCGAGCGCACGUACAGUACACACAACUGUACUUCAGGUCCAAGCCUACCCGAGCAGGAGUGCCUACCAAGCUGAAAUGUCUUCGAUAGUGCACUAGUUUGUACAUAGCUGGUUGUAAAUGUGGUAAAUAUUGUACAAUGUAAAGACUUAUUUUCUAUACGUAUCGCAGCAUGGCCAUAUUUUGUUAUGGCCGACCUGGUGAAGAUUGAGACGUUUGACUGCAGUUUAAUGAGGGCUCAGCGUUUGAUCGACUAACAUCGGCUUUUUAUCUCGCGAUGCUCCUUUUACAUCCUUCAUGAAUUGUAGCGUUUGGAAUACGACGGAGAUCUCUUUAAGACACAGAUAUCUUUUUAUCGUUCUCCUUAAUGGUACCAAAUACUGUCUUCUAGUGACUGCCCACCUACUGUAAUGUUUGUUUACAUCCGAUCUGUAAAUACCACGUCUUAGUGUGUGCACUGCGAUGAUAUACGCCGCUUGGAAUAACCGCUUCCACAAACGUCUCUGGCUAUACGGCAAAUUUCUGGCUUUCGUUCUAACAAGUUGCAUGGUACAGUAGCUACAGUACGGUCUAAAAGCCUGUGUAAUCUCAUCUUAAAUAAGGACUUUUUAAAAAAUAUUGUGUAAACUUAAAAAGAAAAAAAAAACAGCAUAUGUUUUAUAUUAAAAUAUAUAUAUAUAUACACAGUAUAUAGAACCACUGAAAUAUUUUGUAUAGGUUUUCAUUUGCACUAUUUUAACCAAAUGGCUGGUUUUCGCUGUGUUUCCUUUGAUUUCCUCUCUUGGGCUACUUAUUUUAAGAAGGAAAUAAGAUCAUGUUGAUAAAAUGAUGCAAGACACUGAUCAGGCCUAACAUGGAGUUGAUUUGUGAGGGUAGUAAUGAUCGUAUUUUCUGGACUAUAAGCGCCUACUUUUUUCCCAAGCUUUGAACCCCGCGGCUUAACAAAGGUGCGGCUAAUCUAUGAAUUUUCUUCGCUAACGCCCGUAAUAUUUUGUAUCUAACAAACUUACAUAGCAGUUACACCGACACAUCAACUGAAAAGUUGUGUUAUGGGGCCAUCUUUUGGACGAGUUCGCUCACUGCAGGUGCUGCGGGUUGAAAGUCUACAGUUUCGAGUUUGUUUCUGUCAGAGUUAGUUUGUGACGAACCCCAAGAUGCAGAGAAGGAGGCUAGCAUUUUUCAGGAAAAUGUGAUUUAAUUAAAAUAUUAGAACAAGAACAAACCAAAGGGGUACAACCAAAAGUGCGCACGAGGCGGAUAACAAACUAAGGGAGCUAGCAUGGGAGCUAGAAAAUAAAAGGAGCUUAACAUUGAAGCUAGCAAAAACAAAAAGGGUCUAGCUUGGAAGCUAGCGGGUAGCGAGCAGGAAAACAGAAUUCGUAACGUGUAGAACAAAACAAACUGGAAGAAGGGAACAAAAAACAGUAAGCUACAAACAUCUGACAGAUAUAGCUUACCGCUACGCUGCAAAUACAAGACAUGGCACGACACGACAAGAGCAACAUUGACAAGACAAUAAUCCAGCCCUGACUGGAGGACACAUGCAGGUACAAAUAGGAGCGGGCUGAUUGACACCAGGUGUGGCCAGGUGCCAAUCAGCCACAGCUGAGGACAAACAGCGCACAGGGAAAAAAACAGGAAACAGACAAAAUAAGAGCGCUGAAAGGAAUUAAAAACAGGAAAUACUAAACACACACAGAGGAAAAACUAAAACACAAACAAACUGUCAGUGGCAAGCCUGACAGUUUCGAACAUAUGUAACGGGUAUAAGAAAUACUUUGAUUAUUUCAGUGAAAUUCCUGCUAAAGUAUGUGUAUUGUUUUGUUAUGUAUGAGAGGUCCAAUUGCGCCAUCUGCUGGUACCUAAGUCUAUAGAUAUGACCGCAAACCGGAAGCUGUUAGCAGACUUCCCGCACUCUGCUAAUGGUAAGCCGCAGUCUGAUAUUGCUCUCCAAAGUACCAGCAGAUGGCGCAAUUGGACCUCUCAUCUAAAUAAUAAAUAAUUAAUAUUCCAUAGUAAGUAAACAAAAAUUAAAUACAUAAAUAAUCUAUCCCUACUAUUUUAUGCUUUGAACCGGAAGUAUAAGUGCCGUAACGUCUACUGGCAGUCCAUAGUAUUUCUACUCGUAGGGUUUCUUUAUUCAUCACUCCAAGCAACAUUUCUAAGUUUUACAAUAUAACUAAAACAAUUCAUACUUACUAAACCGUCAAAUGUUUGAUGGGAGUGUUUUCAUGCAUAUUUGUACGUGCCAUCGUAAUGUCAUCGAGCAAGCGUAGCAUAAGCAAAUAUGCAAACACAUAUACGAGUGUCUUUGUUCAUUUUAUUAACUUACAAUGGCAUUCUUUUUGUAUUGUUUUAGUUUUGUAAAUUCACCAAGAAGUCACCGUGGAGUUAUUAAGACUGUUUAGCUCAUUGUAGAGCUAGUUCGCGCGGCUAGUGGGUCCAUGACGAUGACUUCUGUUUUGUUUAAUCGGCCGUUUUACUGCCGUUUACAAACAAUAAAGGUAUGUAAAAAAAAAAAAAAUCUAAAUAUGUGUGUGUAAUUAUCUCAUUAUACAACGUAUAUAUCUGCAGCUUUUAGUCUGGUAUGGUUAAUAUAUGGGGUAAAAAAUAUAUUUUAAAAUUAUACAUACCAGUGUGCUCUAUAGUCCAGAAAAUAUGGGAACAACAAUUACUGUCCUUUUAGUAAGAGUGUCCGGUUUUCUCCCGAGGAUGGAUUUUUCUGGUUUUUGCUUCUCUAAAGACGUGAUGUCUCAGCUCUGCUUGCUGCCUUGCUCAAUGGUCCGUGUCAACCACGUGGAGUGUCAUGUCCUGUGGCUUGGACCGUCUCAGCCGGUUUAUCUCCCGUUUGGCUCAGAGCCGUCAUCUCUUGGGCGUGAUGUCAGUUCCCAAGUGAGAAGACGGGACCAGCAUGCGAUCACGGUUCUUGCACGAUAUUCAAAAAGUAUGCUAGUGUGAAGCCAACCACUCCUGGGUGAUGUGUUCUUACUGUAGUUCCUCCUAGAGCCAUGUGAGCAUGUUGGAUGUCUCCGUGAUGAUCAAUUCGAAUGUUUCCGCAGCACUUCUUCGCAAAGGAUCGAUACCUCUGAUCAAUGCUGUGCCUUUGAUGUAAGCUAGCCUUGCCAACGACUUGAAAUCGUGACCUGAUUUCCUGAUGUGUCAUUUAUUUUUUUCAUGUAUCAUAAGUGGACUGAAUAUCAUCGCCAAUACUGUUUGUAUGAGAUUCUUCUUCUACCCCUGUAUCAUAUUUAUAUUUUCCUGAGCUUCACUCUGUUUUGAUAUUUUAUUAAUAUUAGACAUCUUCUUUGGUUCUCUUUAUUUAAUUUGUACACAAGCUGUGAAAACAAUUCUGCACUUUAAUCCUGAACGUAAACAUUCAGCUCUUGAGGAGACGAGUGUUUUGUUUUGUUCUUACUUGUUGUCACGGCUUAAAAUAAAAUUGAUGCUCCUUAAUGAAA